UUUGUCAUUCAUUAUCAGUUUGGCGUCCAUUACCAGUGCUAUCGUCCAUCACAACGCCAGCCUGUGUCCCUGCAGGUCUGAGGUGACGCGGGAAUACCUCACCGUCAGGAAUCCAGCAGGGCGUCCAAUAGAGAAAGACCGUCCUUCAACCUAACCCUCGCCGCUAUCAUCUUGCUCGCUUCUAUACGGAUACGGGAAAUAGUGCGUGUGUGCGUGUGUGCGUGCGUGUCAGGGAAUUCGGCAGCUUCCGGCCCCAGAGGACUACAAACGUCGCGACACGGGGCGGAAAAGAGGGUGGUAAAGACAGGGAGACAGGAAGUGUUAAAGGGAGAGACAGAGACAGAGAGGUAGGGCACGUGCGGCAGCUCCCAAAAUAGUGCACCUACUAUAUAGGUGAGCCAGGCCGCCGUGCCAGUCUGCAGUGCCCGCCCGUCCGCCGCGCCACGCCCACACGCCUGCCACCGCCUUACAGGACGUCUUCAUUGAGUGACAAUUGAGCUGUGGUGUUGAUUGGUGAGUGGUGAGGCGGGCUGCUUGACAGUGUGUCAGUGCGGCAGUGUGGUGACCCCGGACUGUGUUCAUUGUACCGCCCCGCCCCGCUUAGCUCCGUCCCGCCCCGCUGGCUGACCGGCCGAACGUCCAGCGUCCUUGUGACCACCAGCAAAGCAAUUCAAGCCGCCCUCAGGACAUGGGCGGCGCUGAAGCUCCUGAUGGGGACGCAGGGGGGGAGGUGGGGGUGUUGGAGGAGCGUCUACGAGGAUUGCUGAGCCACAACCCCGCCUGGCUGGGGCAGGACGGGGCGCCCCCGUGGUGUGCAGACCUCUCCAUGAAUCACGAGGAGCUGCUGGAGCGGACCCGCCAAUGGGCAGCAGCGGGAUGCGGGGCGCAAGGGGCGUCAGGCUCUAUCGCGGCUCCCAUGCGGGUGGCACACAGCGAGGAACUCGGGCGUCACCUGGUGGCGACGCGGGACGUGGCGGCGGGGGAGGUGGUGGUGGUGGAGCCGCCGCUGCUACUGGCGCUGAGGGAGAGGUCGCCGCCUUCCUGCCUCACCUGCUUCCGCCGAGCUACCGUCUACACGUGCCCCGCCUGUGGGUUCUUCCUGUGUGGCCCGGAGUGCGGCGCGGCGGCCCACGCCGAGGAGUGCGGGGUGCUACGCCGCCUGGGGCUGGGCCAGCCGGCGCCACGCCCUGAGGAGGAGGCGCGGCUGGCGGCGCUGCCUGACGAGCAGCGUGCCCAGGCCAGGGAGAUGCUGCAGCAGGCGGCGGCCACCGCGGAGCAGCAGCGGCGCCUGGAAGUGUUGCGGCAGUACCGUCUGGUGGCUGCGGUGAGGACGCUGCUGGUCAUGCACCGCAGCCCCGCCGUGGCCGCAGCGGUGGCAGCGCUGCAGGGCCGCGUGAACCCUUCCUCGACCCGGCACGCCAACCACCAGCGGCGCGUGGUGGAGGUGGCAGUGGGGCAGCUAGGCGUGACCAACGACCCGGCCCUAGCGCACCGCGUGUGUGCCGUGUGGGACACCAAUGGGUUCGAGGUGCCCCUAGCAUGGGGCAACCGCGUGGUAGGCCUCUUCCCCGUCAGCUCGCUGCUCACACACGACUGCCGCGCCAACACCCAGCAGUGGUUCACGGCCGAGGGCGUGGUGGUGGUGCGCGCCGUGACGCGGGUGGCGGCGGGGGACGUGCUCACUACAUGCUACACGGACCCCCAGUGGGCCACACUGCUGCGGCAGGACCACCUGCGCAUCUCCAAGCAGUUCACGUGCACGUGUGCCCGAUGCCGCGACCCCACCGAGCUGGGCACCUUCCUGGGCUCCCCCUGCUGCCCCGCCUGCCGCCUGCCCCUCCUGUCUACCGACCCGCUGGACCCCCAGGCCCCGUGGCGCUGCAGCAACCACACCUGCACCCACACCGCCACCGCCGCCCAGGUGGCGGGGGUGGGGGCCGGGAUCGGGGCCAAGCUGAAGGGCCUCACACCGAAUGACGCCGCUGCCCUGGCCUCCCUCAGCAGACAGCUCGAGGAGAUGCUGCCCUCCACCCACCACGUCCUCAUGCAGCUCCACGUGUCCACCCUCAAGACACUCGUCGCCAGGGACCUGCGGGAGGUGAAUGACGAGGACCUCUCUACCCUCUUGGCCAUCUCGUCUCUCGUCAUGGGUGUCCUCCGCCGUCUGGAGCAGCCCCUCACACGCCUCAGCGUGAGGAUGGGCCGUGAGGAGAUACGCCUGGCUGUGGAGAGUGAGCGGCGAGGCUUGGUGGCGGGACAGGCGGCGAGGGACAGACUCCAGGAGCUGCGGGGCGUGGCUGAGGAGUGCAAGCUGGUGAUGGGGUGGGACACGAGAAUGCCGCCCUUCCAGAGUGUCUAUAGUGAGUACCGCGGCGCCCUCCAGCGGCUGGCCACGGAGACUCAAGGGUAAACAAUCGCAAGGGCUUCGUGGGGCGUGGGGUAAUGGGAGUGAUUUGUCAAGUGUGUUAUGUGUUGUUGCUAUAGUGCGCUCUCUCUCUCUCUCUCUCUCUCUCUCUUUCUCUCUCUCUCUCUUUCUUUCUUUCUCUUCCUUUUUCUUUCUUUAU